AUUUCCAAUCGCAAUGAUGAUGAUUCAGGCAUUUUUUCGGCCGCUAAUGAAACUGGAAAAAAAAAUUGUUUAAAUUGCGAUUCCAGUUCGGCUUAAGUAUUUCUUUGACAUUCUUUGGUAAUCAUUUUAUUUCGAAUAUGGUUCGGCACUAUUUGAUUUGGCAACUUCACUGAUACGGUUAUCUCGGUACGAAGGCAUUUCUAUUUUUGCUUUCGUAUUAAAUUUUGUAUUAUCUUUACACCCGUUAAGAGGUUGUCUGUUCAUUGGAAUGUUGCUGAUAAUGGGAGUUGGCAAUUUUUGAACGUAGCCAAUAUCUAUUGAGGUGUUAAGUAAGCGAGACAUUUAGGCGAAUAUUUCAAGUGAAUAAAAAUUUGAAUAUCGCUAAUUUGAUUUGAGUAAAGAUACUUUUUAACUUGGAUGCAAUGAAAUAAUGCACCCGUAAAACCGAUACUCCGAUAACGAGUGCCUUAAUUCAGUGCCUUAAGUAGUUUUAAACUGCAUAUCGUUGCUUGGUUGUACGGAAAAGAAUGUCGUCACAUCCAACGGGACUACGUUUUUCAUCGUUCUCCUCUUCGUCGCCACCAAAUAACGGCAAUCUAUCGCCUACAACAAUUGUUACGAAAAACCUACAGCCUCAACCGCAACAAGGCAACAAUAUAAACAAUAAUAAUAAUAGUAGCAACAAUAAUACGUUCAACAAAAAGUCGACAUCGUCGUCGACUUCAUCACCGUUGUCAACAGCACCGACGACCAGAAACCAAUUCACAACAACCAAUAGUUUGUCAGGAUCAGAAACUGAUAUCUCGACAUCUACAGAAAACUUAUCAAUGGAGCAACGUUACGUAUUGAAGCAUACGCCGCGAGUUGAGCCGCAAGGACAGGAGAAUUUACAAGAGACUGUGACUGCAGCGAACGAAAAUAAAGGUCGUUUUGGUCCAGAACAGCGAUUCUCCUCAAAUGUCUCAACAGAUUCAACAAGAUACGCAUCCAGUAACCGAUCACUUUCGGAAGCUCGCAACCCAAUAUUCGCUCAACCCAACAAUGGAACAAACACGUCAAAUCGUAAUUCCCUAAAAGAGGUCAAUUCAAAUCGUUCAUCGAUGGAUGUCUCCACCUGCUCUUACAAUACAUUGAUCAUUCAUAAUGACGAUAGCAUGUAUUCGAUUGCAAAUCGUGAUUACCCCAGUCCACCACCAAUGACGAAAAAGGAACGACCAAGAUCAUAUGGUGAGCCGGGUAUGCAGGAGAUAACUGAAAUUCCCGAUGACUACUUGAAUCAGAGUCACGUACUGAAGCAUUUGGCAAAUGAAAUAAAAUUACCGGCUAAGAAUCGAACCAAUACCGGUCACAAGACAAACUCUGAACCUCAUGAGACCAAGGAUAAUCAGGGAAUUGAAUGGAUAAUGGAAGAACCGGAAUCACCAAACAAAUCGAAAAGUAAAAGCCAACCGGACCUUACAAAGCUUCCAACCACUGAUGCAGAUAAAGUAAAUGCUCUUCUCAAAGAAAACACAAUGCUGAAGCAGCAGCUGAUCAUGUGCAACAUGAAAGUCGCUAAGACACAAAAGCUCGAAGAAGAAGUUGCAAAAGUUUAUCGAGUGUACGAAGAGCUAGUUCAAUCAUGUGAUCGGCGCGAGAAACUAGAAAGAGUGGCACGUAUGCGAUUACAGGAAAACUUGCAGAAAGUACAAACACUGAACAGGGCACUGAAAGAUCAAGUUGACAUUUUCCAAUCCCAACUUCUGGCACCAUCCGAACAUCAAAUUCUCAUUGCUCAACUUUUCUCUCAAACUCCCUCAAAAUUUACAGAUAAAGAAUUAUGCGCCGCAAAAGAGCGACAGGACAUAGAGUUGGCCGCGCAACAAGAAACAUUACAGGAGCAACGAACACAUAUUGGAAUUUUGGAUACGGCAUUGACUAAUGCACAACGGAAUAUUCGUCGAUUGGAGGAGGAAUUGCGUAAAAAACAAAUCUGUAUUGAUCGUUUGACACAAUUGUGUGGUGCGAACAAGGCUAAACAGAAUGACUGUAAAGUGCGAUUAGAUUAUGAGACUGAAUUGAGUAAGGAUUCAAAUCGAAGUGGUAGCAGUACAAAUAGUGAUUCUAAGUGGCAGCUACAGGAGAAGAACAGUCAGAUUAUGAGGCUGGAGAGCGAAACCCGCCAUUUAGAAGAACAACAUGCCCUGCGACAGAACGCUUCGAAAUUGUCCCUUGAAAAAACCUCACAGGAAACUGAUCGCAUCAUCGCUGAAGCAAAGCACGACAAACUUCGCUGUUUAGAAGAAGUUCACUCGGCGCAACGCAAAGUCGGUGAUUUACAGUCACAUUUGAAAGUACUCGAGAGUCGAUUAGCAGAGAAAGAUGCCUUGAUACGAGCACUGCAGAAUCAGAAAAUUAGCGGAUCAUCAUUCGAUUCGUACAAUCUUUCUACAGACAGCUAUGCAUUGCAUCCCCUGCGCUACAACUCACCAUCCUCCUUCAACGCCUCGAACAAUUCCUUUAACGUAGCCGCAAAUGUUUUACUCGACACCAAUGCCUAUGGAGGUGUCUCUGUUUCCCCAUCAUCUACGGCAUACAAUCACCAUCAAGUGGCAAUGAAUGGCCUGUCAACACCAACCGCUUAUGGACAAACAGCACCCACUUACAAUCAUCAAAGUGUCGUGAAUCUCCAAUCGAUUUCAAUUCCGGGCAAUUAUUCACCAAAUAGCUCCAACUACAGUGCCAGCUAUGAUCCAAAUUCCAAUUAUAUGACACAAAACUCGCCAACUUUCAAUACAUCGUCAUACGUGGACAAUCAAUACGAUGAACAUAUGAAGAAACAAAUCGAUGAACAACUGAGCAAGUUUGAAACAUUACAAAGAGGCUUAUGUUGCUUUCCAGGAUUAAGCAAUAAAAAGCCAAAUCAACCGUUGCUGUCUGAUGAAGUGUCCGUUUUAUCAACGAAUAAUAGUGAUGCAUUCCUUCAGAAACUCGCUCAUUUGGAUCAACGUGAAAGAGAACGCCAAGAGCAGGAAGCCCAAGUAAAUAAGAGCAAAGCGGAAGAAAUUGUUUUAUUAGAAAAGCAAGGACGCUGCUCACAGAAAACAAGAAGCAACGCAUCCGGGAAUCUGGCUCAAGUUACUCAGACAGUCGGACAAAAUAUGACAGAUAUAAGUAAUAUCGGGAACACAUCACCCACACCACAGAAUAUUAAUCCACUGGCAUUACCCCCACGAAAAGAGAGAGGAAACUCCCUUCCACCUAGUGCAUUACCGCGACCACCGAGAAGUUUGAAGCCGCCAAGGAAGAUUGACUACGACAGACUCAGUGACUCAGAAUUGAAGAAACGCUCAGAAACACCACCGAAGAUAUCACCUCAGCGUUUGUAUGAAAUGAAGACUUCCAGUCUAAAAAGAGACCAGUAUCCUCCACAUGACUAUUCAACCGGGAAUACAUUCAUAAAGGAAACUCUUUCUUACCCGAAAAACGAUAUGCCAUUCAAGCGCAAGGAUUACGGCGCCAUGGGAACAACAGAACCAACGAAAUUCGGUUUCAAAAAUUCUCCUGAUUUUUCACGACCAGAGUAUACAUCAACCAAAAAGUAUCAACGUCUUGAAGAUAGUCCCAAAUCUAUAAAAAUCUCAUCUGAGUCCGGAACCCUAAAGCGCUCACUUUUACCUAGUUCGGCGCGCAAAGUCAAUGUACUAGGACCUAGUAACAGUAACAAUUUGAAAAUACCACGUGAUUCCUUCAAUUCGCAUUCAUCAGCACAUUCAAACUCAAAUUCAAGGAGUAGUCCUAUGCAUACCAAGACUGAUUCGAAUUCAUCGCAUAUGACGCUGCGCCUCCACUCCAAGACGCCUCCAAAGUAUAUGCAGUUUGGUAACCCCCCUACCACUUGUGUAACUCCGGCUGAUGGAUGCAUGCCAAGUCAGAAUCAACACCAGUCGCGGCUGCAACCCCCACAGGUUAAGAGUUCGCUACCGAUACCCACGUCGUCAGCUUCACUGCCACCUAAACCUGUUGAUAACAAGAAUGUUCGACGUGGUCCUAGCAUUUCUAGAAAUGGCGAGAAUCGCUACCGUAUACAGUUUUAGUUAAGGUUCGAUCGAUAUAUGCAUAUUUUGAAUCCUUAAUCUGAAGGAUCACCUUAAAUUAAUUAAGACAGUAUCAGUUGUAUGGUUAGCAUAGUGUAUACGUUAUAGUUUAUACCCUCGCUGUUUCACCUAAAGACCGUGUUCUACUAUUUUCCAUAUUGUUAAUCCAACUCUCUUGCAUUUCUAUAAAAA